GAAAAUGACAGCAAUCAAGCAUGCUUUACAGAGGGAUAUUUUCACUCCCAAUGAUGAACGCUUGUUGAGCAUUGUGAACGUAUGCAAAGCAGGCAAAAAGAAGAGAAACUGCUUUUUGUGUGCCACAGUGACAACGGAACGACCAGUGCAAGUAAAUGUGGUAAAAGUGAAAAAAUCUGACAAGGGAGAUUUCUACAAAAGGCAGACUGCAUGGGCACUUCGAGAUCUUGCUGUUGUUGAUGCCAAAGAUGCUGUUAAAGAGAAUCCUGAAUUUGACUUGCAUUUUGACAAAGUGUACAAAUGGGUUGCAAGCAGCACAGUCGAAAAGAACACCUUCAUUUCAUGUAUCUGGAAACUCAAUCAGAGAUACCUUAGAAAGAAAAUUGACUUUACUAAUGUUAGUUCACAGCUUUUGGAAGAAUCCGUUCCAAGUGGAGAGAAUCAAAGUGUAGCUGGAGGUGAUGAAGAGGCUGUGGAUGAAUACCAGGAGUUAAAUGCAAGAGAGGAACAGGAUAUUGAAAUAAUGAUGGAAGGAUGUGAAUAUGCUAUUUCUAAUGCUGAAGCCUUUGCAGAAAAGUUGUCAAGAGAGCUCCAAGUGCUAGACGGGGCAAAUAUCCAGUCAAUUAUGGCCUCGGAGAAACAGGUGAAUAUCUUGAUGAAGUUGCUGGAUGAAGCUCUAAAGGAAGUUGACCAAAUUGAGCUAAAGCUGAGCAGUUACGAAGAAAUGCUUCAGAGUGUAAAAGAGCAAAUGGAUCAAAUUUCAGAAAGCAACCACCUAAUCCAUCUCAGUAACACAAAUAACGUGAAGCUGCUGUCAGAGAUAGAGUUCUUAGUGAAUCACAUGGAUUUGGCUAAAGGUCAUAUAAAGGCCCUUCAGGAGGGAGAUUUGACAUCUUCUCGAGGCAUUGAGGCCUGCACUAAUGCAGCAGAUGCCCUUCUGCAGUGUAUGAAUGUAGCUCUUCGUCCAGGACACGAUAUGCUUCAUGCAGUGAAACAGCAACAGCAGCGGUUUAGUGACUUGCGUGAGCAAUUUGCACGGAGACUUGCCAGUCAUUUGAACAGUGUAUUUGUUACCAAGGGUCACGAUCAGAGUUCAACUCUUGCCCAGCACUCUGUUGAAUUGACAUUACCCAAUCACCAUCCAUUUCACAGAGAUUUACUUCGAUAUGCUAAAUUGAUGGAGUGGCUCAAGAACACAGAUUAUGGAAAAUAUGAAGGGCUAACAAAGAAUUAUAUGGAUUAUUUAUCACGACUGUAUGAAAGGGAAAUAAAAGAUUUCUUUGAAGUUGCCAAGAUCAAGAUGACAGGCACAACCAGAGAAGGAAAGAAGUUUGCUACACUGCCUCGAAAAGAAAGUGCUGUCAAACAGGAAACUGAGAGUCUUCAUGGAAGUUCUGGAAAAUUGACUGGGUCUACUUCUAGCCUAAAUAAACUUUCUGUUCAGAGUUCGGGAAACCGUAGGUCUCAGUCAUCCUCACUGUUGGAUAUGGGAAACAUGUCUGCCUCUGACCUUGAUGUAGCUGAUAGAACAAAAUUUGAUAAGAUUUUCGAGCAAGUAUUAAGUGAACUUGAGCCUCUCUGUUUGGCAGAACAGGACUUCAUUAGUAAAUUUUUCAAACUACAGCAACACCAGAGCAUCUCGGGAACAGCAAUGAAUGAAGCGGAGGAAAUGGAUGGAGGAAUUUUAUCUCGUUCAUACACUUCUGGUGUUCCACAAACAGUAUCAUCCGAGAAGGACAUGAUCCGACAAAUGAUGACAAAAAUAUUUCGUUGUAUUGAACCUGAGCUGAAUAAUCUUAUAGCUCUGGGGGACAAGAUUGAUAGCUUUAAUUCCCUUUAUAUGUUAGUUAAGAUGAGUCAUCAUGUAUGGACAGCACAAAAUGUGGACCCAGCUUCCUUUCUCAGCACAACACUUGGAAAUGUUUUGGUGACUGUCAAAAGGAACUUCGAUAAAUGCAUUAGUAAUCAAAUGAAGCAGAUGGAUGAAGUAAAAAUCUCAAAGAAGAGUAAAGUUGGGAUCCUUCCAUUUGUUGCUGAAUUUGAAGAGUUUGCAGCCCUCGCUGAAUCAAUUUUCAAAAACGCAGAACGACGAGGAGAUUUGGAUAAAGCCUACAUAAAACUUAUUAGAGCUGUUUUUGUCAGUGUUGAGAAAGUAGCUAAUGAAAGCCAGAAAACACCCAGAGAUGUGGUCAUGAUGGAGAACUUCCAUCAUAUUUUUGCAACACUUUCUCGCUUGAAAAUUUCUUGUCUUGAGGCUGAGAAAAAAGAAGCCAAACAGAAAUACACUGAGCAUCUUCAGUCUUACGUAAUCUACUCACUUGGACAGCCUCUUGAGAAAUUGAAUCAUUUUUUUGAAGGUGUUGAAGCUCGUGUGGCACAAGGUAUACGGGAAGAGGAAGUAAGCUAUCAAUUGGCUUUUAAUAAACAAGAGCUUCGUAAAGUUAUAAAGGAAUAUCCUGGUAAGGAAGUGAAGAAGGGAUUGGAUAAUCUCUACAAGAAGGUCGAUAAACAUCUCUGUGAAGAAGAAAACUUACUUCAGGUUGUGUGGCAUUCCAUGCAAGAUGAGUUUAUACGACAGUAUAAGCACUUUGAAGGGCUGAUAGCUCGCUGCUAUCCUGGAUCAGGAAUUACUAUGGAAUUCACUAUACAGGAUAUUUUGGACUACUGCUCCAGUAUUGCACAGUCUCAUUAAGUGGGAAAGAGAAGCUAGCAAAGUUUGUGCCUGUGUAUAAGGGAAUCAAACACUAUGAAUGCUAUUUAAAAGGUGGAUUUCUGUGUGUAUGUGUCAUUAAGUGCCAUAUAUGUCAAGUUACACUCCUGCUUCAAGUGUCUGUCAGGGCAGAAUGAAAUCUUUGGGGAUUU